GGGAACAUGAAGUCGCCACUCUUGGUGUUUACUAUGUAUCUGCUGUGGUUGAAAGAUUGUCACUGUGCACCUACUUGGAAGGACGAAGCUGCUAUCGGUGGAAACCUGAAGAGUUUUUCUGACGCUGGGGAGAUAGCUGUAGAUGAAGCGGUCAAGAAGGCUUUGAUUGGUGUUAAGCAGAUGAAAAUCAUAAUGGAAAGACGAGAGGAGGAACAUAGCAACCUAAUGAAAACCCUGAAGAAAUGCAGAGAAGAAAAGCAGGAGGCCCUGAAACUUAUGAAUGAAGUUCAAGAACAUCUGGAUGAGGAAGAAAGGCUAUGCCAGGUGUCUUUGGCAGAUGCCUGGGAUGAAUGCAGGUCCUGCCUGGAAAGUAGCUGCAUGAGAUUUUAUACAACCUGCCAACCUAGUUGGUCCCCUGUGAAAAAUACGAUUGAACAGUUUUUUAGGAAGAUAUAUCAAUUUCUGUUUCCUUUGCAUGAAGAAACUGAGAAAGGUCUCCCCGUCAUUGAACAGGUCAACGAGGAAGAUGCACAAGUGACACAAAUGGAGGAGGUGUUCAGCCAGCUGACCGUGGACGUGAGAUCUCUCUUUAACAGGAGUUUUCAUGUCUUCAAACAGAUGCAGCAAGAAUUCGACCAGGCUUUUCAAUCAUAUUUCAUGUCAGACACAGACUUAAUUGAGCCUGACUUUUUCCCAGCUUUAUCCAAAGAGCCAAUGAUAAAAGCAGAUCUUGUGCAAAGCUGGGACAUUCCCAACUUCUUCCAGCUAUUUUGUAAUUUCAGUCACUCUAUUUACGAAAGUGUCAGUGAAACAAUUACUGAGACGCUGAAUGCAAUGGAGGCCUUACCGAAACAAGACAAAGACCCUGACCACGGAGGCCUGACUUCAAAAAUGUUACCUGCGCAGGACAGAGGACUGUGUGGGGAACUUGGCCGGAAUCGGUCAGGAUGUUUCAAAUUUCACAAAAGAUGCCGAAAAUGUCAGGAUUACCUGUCUGAAGACUGUCCUGAUGUUCCUGAACUCCACACGGAAUUGGAUGAGGCCCUUAGAUUGGUCAAUGUAUCCAAUCAGCAAUACACCCAGAUUCUCCAGAUGACCCAGCAGCACAUGGAGGACACGUCAUAUCUGAUGGAGAAGAUGCGAGAGCAGUUCGGUUGGGUGUCUGCACUGGCAAAUCAGGGUCCAGGAACGGAGAACAUCAGCAGUUCAACAAAGGUAGUUCCAAGUAUUGGUGAAGAAAAUUUUUCCAUACAAGAUGAAACAAUGAGAGACUUAAGUAUUCUGCCUUCCUCUAACUUCACAUUCAAGAUUCCUCUUGAAGAAAGUUCUGAGAGUUCUAACUUCAUUGGCUACAUGGUGGCAAAAGCUCUACAGCAUUUUAAGGAGCAUUUUAAAACUUGGUAA